AUGAAUACUUGGAAUAACUGUGCGUGGUUAAAUCCAUCGGAAAAUCGAUUGGAUUGUAAAAAGUGCAAGAAACUUCAACGCAGUGACAAACCACCGAAGCUCUUCCAUUGCGAAGAGAUGUCAUGGAAGAACCUCAGCAGGUAUGCCGGUGGACUAGAAUUUUCAUUUUCGUCGAUUCACGGUGAAAGAAAUUCCGUCAUCUUGUAUUCUGUUCCUGGUACAUUGGAAGACUUGAUACGGUAUGAUCAGUUCGAAUGGCAAGUAUGGGGAGAUGGAGAAGAAGAAGAAAAACAAGAAGAACAGGUAGAAGGGUACGAAUUUGAAUACGAAGAUGAGGAAGCAGAGAUGGCUAAGGAUAUCGAGGACACGUGCUCGCAGGAUAGUGAUUCGAAGAAAAAUCAGCAGACGAGCUCGGUCGAGACGAUCAUCACUCAGGAAGAUGAAAUUCAGAAUGCAAGCUUAUACUCCAAUUCAUCCUCAAAAUCAUCCUCCAGUCUGAUGAGCAGUCGCAUAAGCGACUCUGAGGUGAAGCUACUGAGACUUUUCAACGCCUUUCCAAUCCCCGAUGAUCCCGGUAACGUUCAAGCAUUUUGGAUCCUCUACGAUCCCGUUCCAAUCUACACCAAUGACGGUAUUCAAAGGUUCACCGACACGAUGAAGACAUCGAAUCUGAGACCCAUCGCGUGUAUGUAUGAUCUACUUAGAUCCGACGUAGUGAAUCUUCGAUAUUACGGGCUCGAUCCGAGGGCUGUAAAAGCCAUUUGCCAGUCCGUGUACAACAACACAUCCGUGCAAUCUUUAGACCUGAAGGACAAUUGGUUGACGCGAGAAGCUUGCGUUCACUUGAACAACCUGUUACUUGAAAGUGAGAUACUAAGUCACAUGAAUUUGAGUGGCUGUAGAAUUGGAUGCGAAGGCAUAAAGUGUAUGUUAUCGGGCCUAACGGAGAACUGGUCACUCGUGGAACUGGACUUAAGUAACUGCCAAUUGAAAGAUGACGGUUUCAAUUCGUUGGCACCAGUCGUUGAGAACAACCAGCUUCUGGAGACGUUGAAUCUGUCGGACAACCAGCUGGGAACGGAAUGCGCGAAAGCACUGGAAGCAAUGCUGGCUCACAAUAAUCAUCUUUUACACUUGGAUCUCUCGUGGAAUGGUCUCUUUACUAAGGAAGCGUCGAACGGACUCUUCAAGGGACUUAUCGAGAACAAAACACUACUUUCUCUUAAUCUAUCCUGGAAUGCUCUCGGCAAAGAAGCCUUGGUACCUCUGGGUACCUUUCUGCAGCAGAAUCAGACGUUGUUGUCCUUGAAUAUGAGUGGAAAUCGAUUUGACGAGCAGGCUGCAGUUACAAUUGCAAAUUCAUUGGCGAAAAAUGUUGGCCUUCAAGAUAUUUACCUAGGGGAUAAUCCCCUGAAAUCAGCUGGAGGAUUAGCUCUCGUUCAUGCUCUAAUUCCAGAGCAAUCUCCAAGGACUGAGUUGCGCCACGUUAACUUGGAGAACGUCUGGAUUAACAAAACUGUUUUGCCAGACUUGGAGAACAUUCGGACCAAUCGAUCCUGGAUUCGGAUAAAAUUGGGUGGAAUAUUUAGUAAUCAUAAGCUUGUCGGGCCCGACGAGAAGAAAAUAUUUUUCAAACGUGCAAUAUUCGAGGGAAUGAAACCGAAGAAGAAGAAACAGCGGAAGGAUUUUGGACACUUUAUUUUAUCGCUGGAAGAAAAAUUGAACAGCAGAGAUAAUUUUAAAGAAUUGGUUAAAGGCUUCAAAAUAAAAUUAUCCGAAACACUGAUCCAUGCACUCAUGACUGCGUUUCCUGGAGCAAAUAAAAAAGUAGAUCAGGCAGCGAUGAAAGCCUUUUACCUUCAGCAGUAUCCCGAUACAAUCGCUCCUCCACCCCCGACGCCUAAGAAAAAGAAAGGAAAGCGGAAAAAGCUAGAUAAUGAAAAAAGGAAAGAACAAGUUGACGAUGUACUUCAGGGGCGUAAAGGUUCAACUAAAAAGUCUAAAGUAAAGUCGGCAAAGACGGUGAAAUUAUUCGUCUCGAAUUCCGGCACAGAAGGAGAGACCGAUGAGUUUGAAGAUGAAGAAGAAUAUGGAGAUGGAUAUAGGUAUGGUGGUCUAAUGUCUGCAUUAGGAGAUAAUAUCCUCGGUAUUUCAUGGAAUAUUUUCACUAUCGUAAACUUUAUAUUAGAAUAUCACUGUACAGGGAUUUCAAUAAAUUUCGUCAUUUUGCCCAUCAAUAAGUUAAUAUUGGCGGUUUACUUGGACGAACAAUUGGCACAGUGUAAGCACAAUAUAAAAGCUAGCAAAGUGUUAUGCCUACCCUCUAAAAAAGAUUGCAAUCGUCAAAUAAUAAAUGGUCGAGCACGAAGAGGCCGUAUGUCUGGUAACAAAAAAAUCGUAGAACCAUAUCAUCCAUUUUUAAUCGAUAUAGUUAUAAUCCAAAUCAGAGAUCAAUUAAUCCAGUGA